AUGCCUCCAUCAUUUGACGAGGUGAUUCGGCCACCCCCAUAUGAAUUUGAUGAGUCCCCACAACAACGUCGGCUGCGUGAGGCACGAGCUGAGGUGGAAACGCUACAGGAAAGCAUAAAUUCCUUGAUAGCAUCCUAUCAAAUUAGAACAGAUAGGUUGCGUGCUGACGUGGCUCGGUUAG